UUCAAGUUUUUCGCUUCUAAUAUGGCGGACAUCGUAGUUGAAAACUUCUGUGGUAAAGAAGCGUUAUUAUGGUGUAGGACUAGAUGCUAAUAGAUCUAAUUUUUUUUAAAGGGUUAAAGCCAUGAGUGCUUUAAGUGGAGACACAAAAAAUACUGCGUCAGUGAUUAUAGACAAUUCCAAAACUAGUGAAAGUAAUGCUGAACAAGAAUCUCCAAGACCACAAUUGUCGUUUAGAAGCAAUGAUGAAGAAAUUCUGAGAGAAGUGUGUCUUAACAAUGGCAUUAACUUUAAAAAGCUCUAUGCUGAAGGGCCACAGACAACAGUUUUGGAGAUGUUUUUUUCGGGCUACCCCCGACUUAUUGGGAUGCAUCAUUUUCCCAACCUAACUACACUGACGGUCAUCGGUCAAAGUGUGUCACGGUUAGAGGGACUAAAUGACUUAUGUGUUCUUGAAGAGCUUUGGGUGGCCGAGUGUAAACUUACAAGAAUUGAAGGUUUGGACAAGUGCAAAUGCUUAACAAAACUGUAUCUUUAUGGUAAUAAAAUUACUGAAAUCCAGAAUAUUCAACAUCUGGUCAAAUUGAAGGUUCUCUGGCUAAACAAUAAUUUAAUAAAAGAAAUUGAGAAUAUUGACAAGUUAUUGAAACUAAAAGAAUUAAAUUUAGCUGAGAAUUUAAUAGAGAAAAUAGGGAAUUCUUUAUCUCAGAAUACUCACUUAGAGGACCUCAACCUGUCAGGCAAUCCACUAUUAUCUUUAAGGGAUUUGACUUGUUUGGUUAAACUGCAAAAAUUGACACGGCUAAGUCUGAAAGAUCCAUUGUACCAGCCUUCUCCUGCCAGUCAGCUCUGCAAUUACUCAACACAUGUUCUCUUUCAUCUGCCCAAACUGGUUUCUCUUGACACAAUAGAUAUGACCACUAAACAUUUAUCUGAGCUAGCUGAGGCUACUGUCAACAAAAAGAAAAUGUUUUACAACAUGAGGGCCAAAACCAUUAAGCGUAAUAUGACUGAUCUUCUGAUGCGACUGGAAUUGGCCAGUAAGGAGUUACUUGAGAAGCCCGAAAGCAAAUUGAGAAUUUUAAAUUUUGUCAUAAAAGAGAUGAAAAGAGAAUUAGAAGUAACCCAAGCCCCUAGUGACAAUGAAACAGAGAAAGUGAAAUCUUCUUUUCAUGCAAAACUUCAAAAACUGGAAGAAAGAAAAAACAUCUGGGAGCAGAAAGCCAAUGAGAUCAAGAGUUUUUUAAAAUUGUCAGAAGUCAGGGUGCACAAGAUGGCAGACAUGAUGGUGAAAAGACUUUUAGUGGAAUUGGAGACAGGCGGCAAUGUUCGGUUUGAGGAUGGUCAGCCUUCAGAUACAUGGUUUUCUUGCUGUCAUGAUCUUGUUUUGUCUCGAUUCUGUGCCUACGACUAUAGAAAUGUUGGAGUGGUUGGAAUAAAAAUACACAGAAUUAUUAGAAUCCACAACCGAAUGCUCCGGACACGCUUUGACAAAUCUAUUUCAGCUCUGUCAGACACAACAAAAGGAGAGUACUAUCCAGGAGCAAAGAACACUUCAUACAAAAAGUCUUUAGAGUAUCUCUUCUGGAAUUCAGACCCUGUCAUGGAAGGAGGAGCACUUGGGAGCUAUCGCAUUCCAGAGGAAGGUUUUUUGGAUGCUGAAACUUAUAAGGAAUUAAACAAAGAGGCUGCUGUCCCAUUAAGCAACAGUAUCAGUUUAGCAGACAGGAAGAGAAUAGCCUACUGUAGUGAAAGAAAAAAUACAGAAGAUCUUGUGGAUGAUUGCCCCUACAGAUACGGUCAACUUAUUGUAGCCAAAGCACAUCUUGGUAAAAGUGAUGUGGCUAUGGACAAUGUGCAAAUUUCAAAGCAGAACUAUCCCAGAAUGGACUCAGUAUUUAAACCGAGGAAAAAAUGUCUUCCUAAAGAAAAGAAAUCUGAAUCAGAUGGUUGUGAGUGCAGUGCUCGGCAGUGUGAAUGGUAUAUAUUUGAUAACAGCCUUGUUCUUCCAGAAUACAUCAUAGACUUUGAGUAUAUCACAAAGGUCAAGAAUCCUUGUCCAUUUCAACAUUUUCAUGAUGACCUCAUGAGUGAGCAGCCUCAAAGACGUACUGUCACUGUUGUGAAAACAUCUGAGCAGGAAGACAGUGACUCUGAAAGUGAUAUCAUCAAAAUGGAACCAGAAAUCCGAUCCAGAGCACGUAUUACUUGCUUGCAAGAAAACUUUCUCCUUGCUAUUUCACAUUGUGGGACACUGAAUGAUAUUACAGACUUGAAUCUCCAUGGCAACGGACUGGAAAGUUUGGCUGAAUUGCAAGAGCUGGUGCAUUUAAAAAGAUUGGUUGUCAGUUUUAAUGAGUUGACACGGCUUGAUGACUUGAGUGGCAUGCCUUUGAUUCAAUUAGAUGCAAGUUAUAACAAGAUCUACACCCUGGAUGGUCUCAAGGGUUUGUAUCAAUUAAUCGAACUUGAUGUUUCCUGGAAUAGACUAGUCAACACCCGAGAAGAACUUUCCAUUUUGAGAAAACAUUUGAGCACACUUCAAACUCUAGAUCUUCGGAAUAACCCAUGGCUAAAGGCCAAAGAAUUGAGGUUAAGAACUAUUGGUCGACUCAAGUAUUUGCAAACGCUGGAUGGGAAACAGGUGGAAGAAGAGGAAUCAGCACUGGCUCUUAGAUGUGCUGCAGGCUCACGCAUUUCACAGUUGUCAAUUAUGACCUUUGCUAGGACUGACCAGACAGUGCCCAGGUCACUCUCUCUAGGUGAUUCAGCACACAUCAUUACCAGCUCAAGCCGAAACAGACCUCAGAAAAUGGCUGACUCUGAUGCAAGGUGGUAUUCCCAGAUAACUACUAUAAACUUGGACAACCAACACAUCACAAAGUUGUCUAACUUGGAUAGAUUAGAAAGUCUGAUGUGGGCUUCUUUCAAUAACAAUGACUUGACUCGAAUUGAGGGUUUAGACAACUGCACUAAUUUAUUAGAGCUUUCUUUGGCUAACAACUGUAUUGCUCACCUGGAUGGGCUGAGCAAGCUGACCUUCUUGGAGAGACUUGACCUUUCCCAUAACUGCCUGACGUCAAUAGACAGUGGCAUGUUAGGAGCAAUGCCAGCACUAACAUCUCUGUGCUUGGAAUCAAAUCAGCUGAACAGUUUAGCAGGCUUGCAGCGAUGCACUGCUCUAACAGAACUCUACAUUGGCAAUAACAAUAUAUCAAAUAUCCGAGAAGUUUUUCUGCUGAAGCCAUUGACUAAUUUGGUGAUUCUUGAUAUGUAUGGCAAUCCCAUGGUGACCUCGGUGGAGAACUAUCGCCUUUUUGUCAUUUAUCAUCUGAGAUCACUUAAAGCUCUGGAUGGUUCAGCAAUUGCACAACGAAAUGUGCGCAAGGAAAUCGCUCUGUAUCAGAAAACACAAGCUGUAUUAGACCUUCUCUUACUAGAUAUGAAUAAUUCUUCCGAACAGGAAGUUCAGGAAGGCACUCUGGCUAAAGACACAUUUGGUGGUCGUUUAACAGUGGACUAUGUAGCUGAGAAAUUAGGCCAUGCAUCUUUUUCAGAAAUAAGAGAGUUGGACCUACCUAACAAUGCUAUAAGAGUUGUUGAUCUUGGUACAGGAGAGUUAUUUAUAAACCUACGUAGUGUGAAUCUGGAACACAAUAAUUUGCAGUCAUUUGCAGGUCUCGUCUAUUUAGUCAACUUACGGGUGCUGUGCUUGAAUCACAACCACAUUGAAUGUAUUCUUCCUCGAGCUAAACCACAGACUCUGGUAAAUAAGAAAAACAUGAGUGUACAAGGUAAACAUAUAGACAACUCUGUUCAGAAUAGCUCUCCUGUGUUGGAAAAUCUUGAAGUACUUCACCUGGGUUACAACAAUAUCAAAGAUUUAGCAUCUCUACAGCUUCAUCUUUUACCAUCUCUCAAAGCACUUUUUUUACAAGGAAAUGAAAUAGUGAAAGUUGAAGGCUUGGAUGGAUUACAUGAUUUAAGAGAGCUAGUUCUCGACAAGAAUAAGAUCAAACAAAUCUCGGAAACAUCUUUUUCCAAUCAAUGGAAUCUUCAGGAGCUCCAUAUUGAAGAAAAUCGUCUUAAAGAAAUCUCAGGGUUGUCUUCCUUAGAAAACAUGAUGCGACUGUACAUGGGAUCCAACAGAAUAGCAGAUCAGAUGGAGCUGGAGAAGUUAGACUCUCUGCAUAAUCUUUGUGAAAUCUCACUGGCCAAUAAUCCAAUUGCUAGACGCAUGAUACAUAGAAUCAUUCUAGUUCACCGACUUCCGCGACUGCUUGUUAUUGAUGGGAUUCCAGUUUCAGAAGAAGAAAGAAAUAAAGCAGAACUUUACUUCAUAGACCAGACAGUUAGUAACACACCUCCACAGAAUCCAAUGUCAGGAAUGGAGACAGGCUUGCCAGGUAUUCUCCACUAUAAGCCAAGUGUUCAGGUCAAGGUCACAAACAUGCAACUCAAUUCAGGAACAACAUGGGGCAGUAACUCAGCAUAUGGAGACGAUGAUAUAGUGCUGAGAGGUGGUCCUCGUGUGAAACGGCAGACUCAAGCUCGGGACAUAAGACAAAACUUUGGUCUCACUGGAAGUAAUUUAAUCAGCCAGGCCAACAACAGCAACAGCCGUUCACAAUAUACUUAUCUCAAUCAGACUAAUUAUAAUGGAACUCAGGCUUCAGAACUGAUGGAAAACAUGUCGAGGAUUAACCAACAAAGAAACAACAAAAGAUGAAAAGUUUUAUACUGAAUGUCCAAUUAAUAAUUCUGUGAUAAAGAACUAGUGUUCAUUCUUAAGGUCAACCUAGAACAUUAUGUGUAUAAAGUACAUCUUUAUCUGGUACCAUAUUAAUCAUCUAUAAGUGUAGAUUAGUGCAGUUUUUAUUGUAAAUAGAACUAUUCACCGCAUAUCUUUUAUUUUUAACACAGGAAAAUUACUUUUUAUUAAUAUAAUUUUUGAAAAUAUAUGACUGACCAUGUAAUCCAUUACAACUGUUUUAUAAAUGUGCAGUCAGAGUUUGUUUUGUUGGUUGUGACAUUGUGUUCACCAGAAGAGAUUUUAACACAUUUCUGGAGAUGAAACUAUUUAUAGUGUGGAAUAAAAAUAUUGCCACAUUGAUAUAUAAUAUAUAAUAAUUAUAUAAUAAUUAUUAAGUAUAUUAAUAUAAAAAAAAAAGUUUGACUUAGAAAACUUGUUCAGAAAAAAAUAUAUAAAAAGGUUUAGCUAAUAUUUAAAAAAGGAAGCUUAUUCACUUUACCCAAAUCAUAUUUUGCUAGGAGGGCUACAGGUAUUAAGAAUUUUCACCAUUUGGUGAAAGCAAAAGUCGUCAAUAUAUUUUUAUUGUACUCUAAAAACUUGUUAAAUCUCUGAAUUUUCAUACCAUUAAUAUGAAAUUAUUAUCCACUAACACUAGCUUAAUCAUACUAUUAUUAGUUAUACAGACCAAGUUUGCACAUUUUCGUUGUUUAAUUUUAAGUUAUACUUGUUCUGAAUAAUCUGGAUAAAAAUAAUAUAUAUAUUUAAAUUUUAUAUUGAUUUUAUUUAUGCAUAUGCUUCAUCAGAUGAAAUAUGUCACAACAUGUUUUGGAGAGCUGUUUAUUGUCUCCCUCAUUACAUGCAUGACAUGAAUCUUUGCCUUUCCUUUAAAAGCCUUGAAGAUAUUUUCUUGAGUUUAAUACUGUGUUCAAUAAAUCAAAAUAAUCCAGCGAUGAACAAACAUAAAUAUAAAUCACUUUUACAAUAGAAUAAGAACUUAAUGACAGAUAUUAUUGUUGAAUAAAUAUACACAGUGGAGAUACUGAUGAUGAAUAAAUAUCCUUUGGAGAAUACUCAACAAUAAUCUGGAACAAUGACCACUUUUAAUAGUGUUUGUUUUGAUUUGCUAAUAGUGUAUUGUGUGUGUAUCAGUGUAAGGACAAAGUAGUUGACCAUUAUUGUUACUAUUGUAUAUGGAUGAGUGUAUUGCUAAACAAUGUUAUGUGCAACUGUGUAGAUAUGGGUCAGUGAUCAAUGAAGUUGUAAAAUUGUUAAAAAAUAAUAAUUGAAAGACAUUAAAUAUAGGCUGUAAAAAAAAUGUGCAACAUUAAACAAAGCAAAUGACAAGAAACUGUGGAGUCCAGAUCAUAACUUAGUUUAAUAUCUUGGAUUAGCACACUUCCACUGCAUUUAACUAUUUAAAAAACACUAAAUGUAUAAUCAAUGAACAAAUAUAUGUUCCAAUCAUAUUUACAAUGCCAUAAAGACUUAAACAGUGUUAGAUACAAAAAAAAACAUUAGAGAUAUAUUUAAAAACACACUUUCAUUGGGUGUACUAAAAAAAGGGAAAAUAUAUUGUAUGAAGUAAAUUUAAGUGUGAAGCACUGAACUCAGAAUUGACCAUUCAGAAUAAGAAUUAACUGCUUUUUUUUAAUGCUCUUGCAAGUGUUUUUUAUGUCUGUAUUUUUAAUUGUUUGAUAAUAGUUGAAUUUAAAAGUGUUGUUAGAGCAUUAUAAUAAUAAUGCUUCACUAAGUCUAAAGAUUAAUGUGAAGUGCAGUAUGAUGUCCUAGCCACAUUCAGCGCUAAGCUUUUAAAACUAUUCUGAAUGUUUAAUUCACAUGGAACAUCAAUGAAACAUCUUUCAUCUAUAGAGUAAGCCAUUUUUUUUUUACAAAGCUUAUAUCAACUCACUUCAAAUGUCUGUUACAAAUGUUUAACUCAUUAUUUCUCCCACUUCCCAUCCUCCGAUCAAGUUGAAACUUGACACUAUUGUUUCUAAAUAAACAUGAAUCAAUCCCCAAAAAUAUCCAAUUAAUUAAUUAAUUUUGUUGGAUAUUGAAAAAGGGAAAUAAAGUGUAUAGUAUUGAUUAAGCUUUGGGUUGUUGUUUUU